GUCACACUGCUUUGGUGCUUGAAAAAAGAGUGCGCCUUGUGUGUUUUUUGCCAACUAUAGAGCAUAUUCAGGUGGAAAUAGUGGGGUUUUCAAUGCGACGUUCGAAGGCUCCUUCAAUGCGCCAGGCGGCCAAGCGGGAAAUUAAAGAUCCGGAACCUCCAGAGGAUCCAGAAGCACCUUACUCCUGGCCCAGUAUUACUCCCACAAUGGAAUGGGGCUCCUCCAACGGCUCUGAAAACCUGGGACCCCGAGAGCUGAAGGCUGGCGAGAAUCCCCUCAAGGAAAGCCGCAUCUUCCAUGUGCUCUGGCGGAAUCAAACCACCAAAAAACACAAGACCUGGACUGGCAAUGGAACCCUGGUGGUCACCGGAUCUAAAGUAGUCUUAAAGGAUGACACGGGCAAAGUUGUGGACAACAUGACAUGCUUUAAGCAGCGGGAUUUCAAGGAGAACGAUCAGCUACAAAUCGGUAGCAAGGAUGUGGAAGUCCAGGAGGAGAUCAAGACCUUGCAGGAGUGUGUGACCCAACGAAAGUUGGAGAUUGCCAGCUGGUGCAAAAAAAUCGAUGCCCAGAAUGGUAUGGAAUCGGAAGUUCCUGUGACCAGUGCUUCCUGCAGAUCGCAUGUGCUUAAGAGAACGCACCAAGAAUGCUCCUUCGAUGUACAAAAUCCUCGGCUUUCGGGAUUCACCACGACCGGAAUGGAACCUCCACCACAUGAGAAAAGAAUGCGCGAAGAAAGUCCCUCAGUGGCAGUGAUUCCUCCCCGUUCGGAAUUCACUCAAGUAGAGUAUCUGUGCCUGCUAGCUCCAGCAGAACUUCAGGAAAAAAUAUUGCAUUUUCUAGCCGAUUAUAUCAAAAAUUGUAAAGUGGUAAGACAGGUUUGCUUUAAGUUAUUUCAGCUGGUCUGCGAUCAUCCCGUUCUUCUUAAAACCCUCGUCAAGCACGCAGACUUUGAGGACCUAAUGCAGGUGAUGGAGCCCAAAUUACCACCCUGGCUGGAAAUGGAUAUUUACGACUCAGCCAAGUUCGAGUUUGUGCAUCGGAUGCUGGACUAUUUGGUGGUAGAGCAAGGCGAGAAAUGUUGUAUUUUGGCGAACCGACAGGAUUGCUUGAAAAUGGCUAUAGGCUAUUGCCAAAGCUAUGAUAUAAGUCAUGAACAGCUGGAUAGUCCCCAAAAAGUAGCUAUGUUCAACUCUGGCGAGGAAGGGUCACCAAUGGUUGCUUUGGUUUUAUCUAGUGACUUACCAAAGAUAGGCUCUGUUCGCUGCAAAAACCUCAUCAUUUAUAAUUACAAUGCCAGAGAAAAAGCCAAUGAACUUCUCGCAACUGGGGAAAUAGACACCAAAAUAUACACACCGGUCACAUCUGGAGGUUGUCCGGAGGAGCUGCAGUUCUACAGACGCCUUGGUCUGAAAAAAGAUGGGGAUACUCUAGGGGAUCUUCAAAAUUACAGAAGAGAGCUGAUACCAAGCACUAAACAUGAACUGGCAACUUGGACCAAGAUUGAGCCACUUUUUAGUGUUGAUUUCCUUAAAGAAGUUGCUAUCUCUGAUAGUCUGGAAAACAUUCAGCUUGUUUAUUCAAAAAAGGGGAACGUAGAACUUUAACAGUAACCAAAAGUUAUUUAAUUGAUACGAAUUUCAAUACGAAAAAACAGAUCGGAAAGAGAUCUUGAACUUAAAAAAUAUAAAAGUACUUUAAGUGGC